AUGAUGGCCAUGAACGCCAAGCAGCCGUUCGCCAUGCACGCCGCCCUCCAGGAGCCCAAGUUCUCCAGCCUGCACUCCAGCGCGGAGGCAAUGCGCAGAGUUUGCCUCCCGGCCCCGCAGCUGCAGGGCAAUAUAUUCGGGAGCUUUGACGAGAGCCUGCUGGCCCGCGCGGAGGCUCUGGCGGCCGUCGACAUCGUCCCCCCCGCCAAGGGCCACGGCCACGGCCACCACCACCACCACCACCCCCCCUUCAAGCCGGACGCCACCUACCCCGCCAUGAGCGGCGUCCCCUGCGCCGCCGCCGCCCUCCCGCACCCCGCCGCCCUCCCGCACCCGCUCCCGCACCCGGCGCUGGACGGCGGCGACCUGCUGGACCACCUCUCGCCCUCGCUGGCCGUCGGCGGGCUGGCCGAGCCCCCCGCCCUGCCCGCGCCGCCGCUGCCGCCGCACCCGCUGGCCGCCGCGGGCCCGCUGGCCGUGGGGCUGGGCCCCCCGGGGGGCCCGCCGCCGCCGCCGCCGCCCGCCGCGCCCGAGGCGGAGUCGGACCCGCGGGAGCUGGAGGCCUUCGCCGAGCGCUUCAAGCAGCGGCGGGUCCGGCUCGGGGUGACCCAGGCCGACGUGGGGGCGGCGCUGGCGGCGCUGCGGCUGCCGGGCGUGGGCUCCCUCAGCCAGAGCACGAUCUGCCGCUUCGAGUCGCUGACGCUGUCGCACAACAACAUGGCGGCGCUGCGGCCGGUGCUGCAGGCCUGGCUGGAGGGCGCCGAGGCCGCGCACCGCGACCGCGCCGCCGGCCCCGAGCCGCUGGCCGGCGCCGAGCGCAAGCGCAAGCGGACCUCCAUCGCCGCCCCCGAGAAGCGCUCGCUGGAGGCCUACUUCGCGCUGCAGCCGCGGCCCUCCUCCGAGAAGAUCGCCGCCAUCGCCGAGAAGCUGGACCUCAAGAAGAACGUGGUGCGCGUCUGGUUCUGCAACCAGCGCCAGAAGCAGAAGCGCAUGAAGUACUCGGCCGUGCACUGA